ACGCCCCGGAUAAAAUGCUGUCGACGACCUGCGGAGGUGUCGCGGCAGAUGCGAUACGAGAAGGUGCGUCGUCUCCCUUCGCCUCAGCCAGCGAAAAGAGACAAGGACUCGGUGUUCAGGAGUGGCUCGACGGGUCCAGAUAUGAGGGAGAGUUUGUAAACGGCCUUAAACACGGCAGAGGAAGAUACACCUGGAUAAAUGGAGAGUCCUAUGAAGGCUCUUUCUACAAAGACUACAAACAUGGAGAUGCACUUUACUGCUGGCCCACAGGCCACAAGUUCAUUGGUAAGUUCUACCUCAACAGAAAGGAAGGAUAUGGACAGCAAGUGUUCCCUGAUGGAGCCACCUUUCACGGUCUGUACCACAAUGACCAGAGGUUUGGUCCAGGUGUGGUUAGCUAUUCAGACGGGCGACAGGAUGUGGGUCUGUGGCUCGGGGGGCGCCUGCUGAGGUUCUGCACCCCUCUAGAAGAGGGCUUUAGCCUCAAGAACUUCCCUGAGUAUGCUGCCUGCAUGGACUCAUCUGUUACUGCAGACCCUCUGACUCAGUUUCACUCUCAUGAUGUACAAACGAAAGCCAGGACAAACUCUCAGGUGAAUGUAGACAAAGAUCUGCUGGCAAAUGAGAACGCUAUCCUGCCCCCCGGCAUAGAGAGUUACUCAACAGAUGGUGACCACUUGCCGCUUCCCCCUGGCCGAAGAAGAGAGUUGGACCAACUCUUUUAUGGUGAGCUGUGGGAGCCGGAUGCUCAUCCACACCAAGGCUGUGAGAGGGACCCACUCUCCACUCUGCCCUUACAGGCCCGCAUGCAGGCUCACAUACACAAACACAGACUGCAGGCUGAAAAUGUGGGCUGGGAUGUGGCAGCUGCUCUCUCUAUGAACAGGGAGACUUUUGGUCCUAAAGGGCCAUUGGAAGUCAGGUCCGAGCUUUUGAUUCAACACGCCUCCCAAGGGGAAUUGCAAGCUGUGUCACAGAUCCUCCGGACUGGUUUGAUCCACCCUGAUGUAACAGAUUCACAAGGACACACUGCAUUGAUCGCUGCCACGGUAAACUGCCACAAUGAUGUGAUACACCUGUUGUUGGAUAUGGGUGCUGAUAUUGACAAGUUGACCUGCGAAGGCUUGUCUGCCCUGGCUGUGUGCCAUGUCCUCUACUACCCUUUCAAGUCUCUGAACACCGCUUUGGUUGACCCACCUGCCAAAACUCCAGUUGUGGAAUCUGCAUCUUCAUGUGCAAACAGCCUCCAGAUCAGCCAAGUUAACGUCACUGCGGACACACCUAUACUCAACAACAGACCUCAAACCCCCGACACAGCCUUGAGGAACCAGAGCCAUCUCGCUGACCAAGAAACUCAGUCAAGAAAAGAAAAUAUGGAGGAGCAAGAGGAGGCUGAGGAAGAUGUGGAGCGUUCCAUCGAGGUGCUGGAUUGUCACAUCAAACUGGGCAGUGUGAAGUGGAAAGAAACUCGAGCUAAGAGCAAAGACAAAGAUGUGACCCCAAAACAGUCCUUUGACUCUGCUUGUUCGCUCAGUAGCUAUAACAUCCAGGUGACAGAGGAAAUGAUGCAGCGGUCGGCAGAAGCACUGAGUCGUACAGGGUUUCCUCAGUGCGCCGACACACAGGGGACUGUACGCAAAAUGGCUGCCAUGAAAAUUGAGCACCGUGUUCGUUUAGACACCUUGAAGCUGUUAUUGGAACGGGGAGCUGAUCCCAACGCAGCCAGGGUCCCCUUGCUUGUCCUCUUUUUAGCCAUUAUGGCUGCAGACACCGAGGCUGUGAGGAGACUGCUGCUGUGUGGAGCUCGCACUGAUAUUCCCCUCCCACCAGAGAAGAAAGGUCUGUAUCCCCUACACGUAGCUGCAGCGCUGCCAGGUCCCACAGGCCCCAGAAUCACAGAGCUGCUGCUGCACACUGUCCCUGACCCAGACGCACGGGCAUGUGACCAGGACGAGGUCUAUGAGCCAGACAGGAUUUCCAUGAAGACCGAGGAACCCCUGAGCUCCAGCAAGAGCCCACAUCUCAAAGAAGGAGGCCGAACUGCGUUGCACGUGGCCUGCCAAAGAGACAGUGACUAUGUGAAUGCCAGUAAAGUGGUAGCCCUCUUGGUCUCCCACAGCGCCAGCACAGACCUCCUGUGGAGUGGACACUCACCUCUCUCUCUGGCAAUAGCAAGUGGCAAUGAGCUGGCGGUGGAGGAGCUGUUGAAGGGGGGCGCAGAUCCCAGCAUACCCCUGGGCCGCAGGGUGGGCAGUGCUCUAUGUGCCGUCGCCAACAUCAACUACCACUUAGGUGGCAACAAAAUUCAGCUGUUGGAGAUGUUAGCUAAGGCUGGCGCUGACAUCUUAAUGCCAGUCAUGGUGGGCGAUGUCGUUGGAUCUGCAGUUGACUAUGCACACUACUCCUUCAGCCAGGACUUGCAUAUUGCCAAAACUCCUUUCCACAUUCUGAGCAAGCGGGAGAGGGAAAUAUUCAAAGCACGACGCCAGCUGCUCAGCAAGAUGGGAGAGUUGCUGAGACAGACUGCUGGCCAGAGGGAGAGACAGAAUCUGUCUUCUAACAGGCCCCUCCUCAGCCAUGGAGGCUUACAGGAAAAAGCAGAAAACUGCAGGAAACCAGUGUUUAAGUUCUGCUAUCACUGCGGCCGCUCUGUGUCUGUGAAGCUGACUGCAUGUUGCCGCUGCCACAAGGUCUUCCACUGCUCCAUGAACUGCAAACAUAAAGCCUGGGAUGAAGGACACAAGGAAGAGUGUAUCCGGGUGUCAGCCUCUGCUGAUGGCAUCCAGAAGACUGUUGUGUUUAAAUCCCCAACAGGCCAAAGGCCCUCAACUGUCACGCUGAAAACCAAAACAGUCCCCAGGCCACUGAGUGUCAAGUUGAAAUCCCACAGAUUACCUGAGCCCUUGAGCAUGGCAGAGAAGGACUUGGAGGACCAAGUCAACCUGAAUGAAAACUACAGCUUCAUCUGAUGGACACUAAAAAUUCACAGCCUUACUAAUUCAUCAUUUACCAAGAAUAACAAUGCAUUUCUCUGACAUCACUUCUUUAUAUGACUCUGAUACAUAUUUGUGUCAGAGUUGUAUCUCGUUAUUUUAUACACAUUAUGCAGUAGGUUUGCAAUCUGUAAUAAUUUUGAAUUACUAACGUAAUAUUGUCUGCUUCUUUUUGUGCUUUUGCCAAUGAAAAAUUGCAAAUUCUGACUGGCUGAAUCCAAAGGGAACUAAUACAAGAUUUUGACAUA